CAAGCGUGUACAUUCUUUCCAUAAUCAUACUCCGCAUGAACUUAUAAAGAAACUGGCCACGCGUUUUUAUUAAUAAUAAUAAUAAUAAUUGUUGUUCCACUCCGGCCGGCCAUCAGAUGGGGAGGAGGACGUUUUCAUCAUCAUCAUCAUCAGCCCUUUGCUUCAUCGUCUUCGUCGUGACGGCCUCAUCACUAGUUCUAGAGGCGGCGGCCAGAAUUCGGCAUUACAGAUGGGAUGUAAAGUACGAGCUGAAGUCGCCGGAUUGUUACCGGAAACUGACCAUGACUAUCAACGGGGAAUCUCCGGGACCCACCAUCAAAGCAGAAGAGGGUGACACCGUCGUGGUCGACGUCACCAACAAUCUAGGCACCGAAAAUCUCGCCAUCCAUUGGCAUGGCAUCACACAGAGAGGGACACCAUGGGCUGAUGGCACAGAGGGGGUCACCCAAUGCCCAACUCUACCCGGGGAAACUAUGUCUUACAAAUUUGUCCUCGAUCAAGCGGGGACAUUCCUUUACCAUAUGCAUUAUGGGAUGCUACGACAAGAAGGAGCGCAAGGAAUGAUCGAAGUGGCUAGUAAAAAGCCGGAACCAUUUAAAUACGAUAACGGCACAAUCUCUAUUCUGUUGGAGGAUUGGUACCACAAAGGUUAUGUCGAGCAAGCCGUUGGCCUUGCUUCCUCGCCCUUUCAAUGGGUUGGCGAGCCUCAGUCACUUUUGAUAAAUGGGAGAGGAUGGUUCAACUGUAGCGGUGCAUGCAGUGAUGCAGUUUGUAAUAACUCAAGUCCGGAGUGUGGGCCUUAUUCCAUCACCGUCGUUCCCGGCAAGAUAUACCGGCUUAGGAUCGGGAGCUUGACAGGCCUUUCUUCUUUAAAUUUCGAAAUCGAGGGUCAUGAAAUGACCGUGGUUGAGGCGGAUAGUCACUACGUGGAACCAUUCGUGGUGAAAAAUCUGUUCAUUUAUUCGGGGGAAACGUAUUCGGUAUUGGUCAACGCCAGCCAAGACCCUACAAGGAGCUACUGGAUGAGUUCAGCGGUAGUGGCUCGAAACCGCACCACACCCAAUGGGUUGGGCAUAUUCAGGUAUGACAGCAACAAUCCAAUGCAAAGGCCGCCCACCCGUCCACCGGUCGGUGUGCGUUGGGACGACAACGCGCCCAGGCUGAACCAGAGCUUGGCGAUCAAGGCCCACAAGGAUUUCAUCCAGCCCCCGCCCCAAAAAUCAAACCGCGAAAUUGUGAUGCUCAACACGCAAAACAACGUUAACGGGAUUAGGAAGUGGGCGAUAAAUAAUGUGUCCUUGUUUUUACCCCUAACGCCAUAUCUGGUCGCGCUUCAAAACGGCAACGAACACGGUCUCAACCGGACACAGCCUCCGGAUACCUACGACGUGGAAAACUACGACAUCCAUUCCCCGCCGAAGAACCCAAACGCCACGCUUAGCGACUCAUACUACAGGCUGGAGUUCAACUCAACUGUGGACAUCAUCCUUCAGAAUGCCAACACGCUGACCCCUAAUAACAGCGAGCUGCAUCCGUGGCAUUUGCACGGGCAUGACUUUUGGGUGCUGGGUUACGGACCAGGCAAGUAUAACAACUCAACUGACCCGGCCAAGUUCAACCUUGUGAACCCGAUCAUGAAGAACACUGUCCCGCUCCAUCCCUACGGGUGGACCGCAUUGCGGUUCAAGGCCGAUAACCCGGGGGUGUGGCUGUUUCAUUGUCACCUGGAUGCGCAUUUCUUCAUGGGGAUGGGUGUGGUUUUUGAGGAAGGGAUUGAAAAGGUCGGGAAACUGCCUGCGUCCAUUAUGGGAUGUGGUGACACCAAAUACCACAGACGACCAUAGGCCGGCGGAGAACUGAUCGAUCCCAGGCCCUACCAACUCGAUAUGAUCGAUCUUCGGUACGUCUUAGUUAGCUGCGUACUCAAUUGGGGCCUCAUUAACGAAGACUAUGUACGUUUUGGAUGAGACUUCUUAUAUUCGUUACGUUCUUAUGUAGUAUAACGAGCUGUAACUUUUUCUUUACGCGACUAUUAUUUAUUGUAAUUGGGGUUCGCUUUUUCCACGAAUUAAUUAAACCCCACUUUUUCUAUGAAUUGAAUAUGCAUCUAAUCAUAUUCACUAGCUGCUAGUAUCUCUAUAAUACGUAGUAUGUAAUUUUCUUUAAUAAACUUUUCUCAUAUUCUAAGUUAAUGUUUGCUAUUCAA